CAUUAAUCAUCUUGGUUGUGGGAGAGAACUGCAGUUCCCAGAAACCCACGCGAUUUUAAAGAUUUGCAAGUGGUCCGCACGAGGUCAACAAUGCGCCGGGCCUCAGCUGCUGGAUAGGAACAAUAUUGCACGGUCGAAAGGGGCAAAGGUCAACAGCUUCUCUCUCAUGCGGACGACGGCAUGCUAGCUGUGUACCUACGAUUUCAUCAUCCUGUAAAAUGGUUAAUUCCAGGUAGCUCAGCCUGUCUUCACUCACAGAGGACCAACCGGUGUCAGACAGCGCCGCAGGGUUUCCUCUUUCAUUCCAGCCGGAGCAGUUUUGCUUCACAUGCUGAUCUGACAGAGCAGCGGAAAGGCAGCGCUUCGUAUCCAGGGGCGACCGACAUCCAGCAGCCACGAUGGCAGCUGACCGAGCAGCGGCGGGGGAAGACGUGGAUGUGAAGACGCCGCCGCUGCCACCGCUGCCACCGCUGCCACCGCUGGAGGACGGCGAGGGACGCGGGGAUGCGGAGGCGGCGGAGGCGCCGUGUCCUGCCGAGGAUGGCGGGAAGCUGACGUGCUCCGUGAUGUUUCUGUGUUUGUACGGGUUCAUGUCUUCCAUAAGGCCCGGGGAGUCGUUCAUCACACCCAAUCUGCUGAGCUCAGAGAAGAACUUCACCAGAGAGCAGGUGACCAAUGAGAUCACUCCGGUGCUGACGUACUCCUACAUGGCGGUGCUGGUGCCGGCCUUCCUGCUGACUGACCUGCUGCGCUACAAGCCGGUGCUGAUCAUCCAGGGCAUCAGCCACGUGGUGAUCUGGGUGCUGAUGCUGCUGGGCGCCACGCUGCUCCACAUGCAGCUGAUGGAGUUCUUCUACGGCAUCACAAUGGCGUGCCGCGUGGCUUACUCCUCAUACAUCUUCUCCCUGGUCAGCCCGUCGCUGUAUCAGCGCGUGGCCGGAUACUCGCGCUCCUCCGUCCUGCUGGGCGUCUUCGUCAGCUCCGUGCUGGGCCAGCUGUGCCUGUCGUUGGGCGACAUCAGCUACCAUACACUGGACACCAUCUCCCUGGGCUUCGUGAGCUUUGGGCUGGCGCUGGCGUGCUGCCUGCCCUGGCCGAAGCGCUCACUGUUUUUCAAUCGGACGAAGAGCCGGGAGCCGGCGGAGAAGGCCGCCCCCUCCGAAACGGACGAGAUGAACCCCACGCGGGCGGGUGUGUCCUUGACGGCGAACUGGAAGGAGUCCAUCUUUGUGCAGAUGCUACUGGAGGUCUGGAACAUGGUGAAGAGGCCCAACCUGAGGCUCUGGUCCCUGUGGUGGAUCUUCAACUCCACGGGGUAUUACCUGGUGCUGUUCUACGUCCACAUCCUGUGGAACAAAGUGCAGUCCACCACCAACUACAACGGCGCGGUGGAGGCGGCUGCGACCUUACUGAGUGCAAUCACCUCCUUCAUGGCGGGCUUCGCUAAAAUCCGUUGGAACGUCUGGUCGGAGCUGGUCAUCGGCGGCAUCACGGCGCUGCAGGCGGGCAUGCUGCUGGUCAUGGGCACCACUGGAAACAUCUGGAUCUGUUAUUCUUGCUACAUCCUCUUCAGAGGAUUCUACCAGUUCCUGGUUCCUAUCGCCACCUUCCAGAUCGCCUCAUCGCUCACCAAGGAGCUCUGCGCUCUGGUGUUUGGCAUCAACACUUUCUUGGGGACGGUACUGAAGAGCAUCAUCAACCUGAUAUUUUCAGACAAAAGAGGCCUGGGAUUAGACGUGGAAUCUCAGUUCCGCAUCUACUUCAUCUACUUCACCCUGCUGACCGUGGUGUACUUAAUCAGCGCUGCCGUCGUCCUCGUGCGUCACUUCUGGAACCGGGGGGAGGAGGAGGCAUCACCCGACAGGCUGCACACAGAGCUCACACCUGUUUCAAUGACCUCCGAAGCAGAACCGCUGUCCAACAGCCAAAGUGUCAAAACCUAAAGGCAGCAAACACUUUGGAGAAGCCGCAGAGGUGCCAGUCAUAUUAACCUGGUAAAGAUGGCGGAGAUGUUGGGUGUUUUUUUUCUGAGCCUUAAUCAUGCAACUGCCUCGUCUUCUGCUGUGUGAAGCCUCUUGCACUACAUUUAUGUUUUUCACCAUAAAACAGUCACAGAGCACAUCAGUAUGUUUGAAGCAUAUUACACUUGUUUUUCCUAACACAGCACUCCGAUUGUACUUGUUACAAAUAUCUGUAGACAAAAUCUGAUUGUAUUGAUUUUGCUGGUUUUUUUUUUCAUUAACAAAGACAAUCAUAUCUUGUGAUAAAACCACAUGCUGAAAGC